AGACCAACCUCUCCAUUACAAAAAAACAUGUAACCAGGUCAAUGGUUCUGUUCUCUAAUUCCAUAUUAAUAUAAAGAAAGAAGACUCAUUGACUCUCUCUCUCUCACACACAGCUCAUUUAUAAAGAAACGUUUCUUGCAUAAUUCUAUGUAAGAAGAGAGAACAAUAGUAACUUAUGCAGGUUGUGAGAAGGAGGAUCCCAUCAGGAGAAGGCGUUGAGAUGCCUGGAAGAUCCGAGACAAACAGGGUCAGAAGGAGGAGUCAUGGCUCAGGUCUGAGGGUUCGAGUAGCUUGCACGUGCUCUGGACGGCCUGGUUCGACAAAGUGUGCGCGACACGGGUUUGUGGUGCCAAGCGAUGAGAGGCUAAUGAGGAAGGCCAGUGACGGUAGCAAAGAAGUGUUAAGGAGAGCUUUAACGCCUCCGAUCAGGCGGAUGAAUCUCCGGUGGUUGAACUUCCGACCAACACCUAGCCGGCUCUGUAAAAUGUCUUCUGUUUGAUAUCAUAUAACUGAGAACUUCUUUGUUUUGUUUGAAUAGAUUUGGAAACUUAGCACUCUGUUACGGGGACAAGAAAGUGUUAGAACAUUUUUGGAUACAAAGAAGGAAGGAAGAAAGAAAG